AGUAUAGUGGUGUGUGGCUUGGCAUAGCCUGCUGUACUAUUGCCAACUUUUAGUCAAGAUGGAGUAUUGCUUCUCUUCUUUGUUGAUAAUUAUAUUGAUUACAGCUACACUUUCAAAUUGUGAAGUUUGCUCUAAUACAAUUAUACCUCUGAAACAAAGCUACAAUAAUCUGACAACAGUGUUUCCUGGUGAUUGUGUAAUCUUACAUUGUACACUAAAUGAUACAGUACAGUGGGAACUGAAUGGAACUCAUAUUAGUAAUGAUACUCAUUACAGUAUCAAUACUACUAGUGGUACACUGACUAUACAAGAAGUGAGGAGCAAUGAUACUGGAAACUAUACUUGUGGUUCAGGAAGCAUUUCUCUAAUAGCCCAAAUACCUGAUAUCAUUGUUACUGGUCAAUACACUAACCUCACUGUUGGUAGUAGUGUCAGUAUUAACUGUACUACAAUGCCCUCCAUCCCUAACAGUGUAAUAAAAUGGUAUUCAUUAUCAUCAUUCAAUACUGAUAGCAAUGAACUGAUCAUUGAUCCAGUGAUGCUCUCUCAUAAUGACAACACAUUCACUUGUGUGGUAUCAUCAAAUUUACUGGCUAUGAAUCUGACAGAGUCUAUCACUAUUAGUGUAUUAGAUACCAAUGUCUCAUCUGUUACUGUACAAUCAUUAUCAUCUUAUGUUAUUGGUGAUGAUGUAUCAAUAGUGUGUACUAUUAGUCUCGCUAAUGCUAUUGGUCCUGAUGUUUCUUCACUUGUAGUGAACUGGUUUAAAAAUAAUGAAAUGAUAACAGAUGAUAUCAUUAUUAAUGGUUCAUCAUCAACAUUUAAUAGUACCCUGACAUUAACACAGGUUUCACCAACUGAUGCUGGAGUAUAUACUUGUAAUGCAUCAAUCAAUGGAUCUGAUAGUGUAAUAUCUGAUUUGAAGCCUUUGUGUUUGAAAGUUAAUAAAACUCUAUCAUCAGUAACAGAAGAACUAUCCCUUGGUCAAAAUUAUUCAAUUGAUUGUAUCAUUGGACCAGUACCUACUGGAGUAUCAGUAUCCUGGCUACUUACUAAUGGUUCUAUUUAUAGUAACAAUAAUACACUAAUGAUACCAUCAAUACUACCAUCACAUAAUAAUACACAAUAUACUUGUACAAUAAUGAUUGAGACUAAUCCUCCUCACUGUAGUACUCAAGCACAGGUCAUUACAUUCAUAGGGAAAGCUGCUUAUAUCGAUUCAGUGAUUGUAUUUCCCUCUUCAAUAAUCAGUUUUAUUAACUCUUCAGUACUACUGACCUGUAUUAUCAGUUUUAAUACUGAGAUAGGUCCUGAUACAUCAUUCGUUAGUCAUUACUGGUAUCAGUAUAGCAUUGAUAUUAGUAAUAGGAGUACACCACUGAUGAUUAAUGGUGACAGUAAGAGCCUAGUAACAACACUGAAUAUUACUAGUGUUCAACUCUCUGAUGCUGGAGAAUAUCAGUGUAAAGCUAGUAUUAAUACUAGUAAUACUGUUGUGAAUAAAAGAUCACAUCUUUGUAUUCAAGGUUAA